GCCUUUUCAACAUUCUUCAUUAUUUCUUGCUUUUGGAUUGAAAGAGCUUUUCUAGAUUGCUUCUCCUUUGAUUUCAGUUUGAGUCUUUCAUUCACUCUGUUUUUUUCUUUUACUUCCUUCUCCAUUUUAAAGUUUUUAUUUUAUUUUAUUUUUUAGCUUAUAUAACCCCCAAAAAAAAAAAAAAAAAAAAACUUUGCCAAUUGUUUGUCUUUUAAGUUAAGUUUUUUCGUUUUCAUUUUUGAGUCUUCCUUCAUCUUCAUAUUCUCCUUUAGAUUUCAUCAGCUCUUCAACUCAUUUCAAUAAAAAAAAAGAAAAAAAACAAAAAACAAAAUUAUUGGUCAUAAAAACUGAAAAAAGAAAUUGAUUCACUCAUUCACAUCGUCGGAAUUUUGGGAAACCAAGAACUAGAGAGUUAUUGCAGUGUUGUUUCUUCUUUUGGAAGAGCUUCUUCCCGCAGCAAGCAAGUAUCAACAUAAGGAAUAAAGAAUGGACACUGAUAUCAAUUGCAUGUGUUUUGUACAUGCUAUCAUUCCCAUUAUUGGAAAAGUCGUACCAUAUGCCUUUGGUCCUAUUCAACGGGAAGCGGGUUAUUUGAUAUUCUACGAAGGUAAUUUCACAGAUCUCAUUGGUCGUGUUAAGAAUCUUGAAGCUGCAAGAGAAGCUAUAAACCAUAGGGUGGAAGCUGCAACGAGAAGUGGAAAAAUAAUUGAAGUUGGUGUUUUAAACUGGCUGGAGGAAGUAAUUGAGGUUACUGAAAGGACAAAUAAGCAUCUGGAAGAUCCCUGCCGUCGAGAUGUUGGGUGUUCGGGCUGGGUUUUCCCUAAUUUGAUUACACGAUACCGGCUUGGCAGAAAAACCGCUGAAAUAGCAACUGAUGUUGCUGGAGUUUUCGGAAGAGGUGAUUUUAAUCAAGUUGGUCACCUUCCUGCUCUAAAUGAAAGUGCCUCUUCUUCUGCUGCAGGAGGCGCUGAAAAGCUUAUGACAAGGGAGUCAUUUAAGGAGAGUAUCAUGAAGGCUCUAAGGGACCCUAAAGCACACAACAUCGGGGUCUAUGGUUUGGGCGGGGUGGGCAAGACUACCCUGGUGAAUGAAGUCUUUGAAAUAGCCAAGCAACAAAAAUUGUUCGAUGCAGUGGUUAUCGCCCGUGUAUCCAAAACUCCAGACAUUAAAGAAAUUCAAGGGGUGAUUGCAGAUAUGUUGGGUCUGCGAUUUGAAGAAGAAACUACUGCGGCUAGAGCAUACCGCCUAAGGAAAAGAAUUGAAGCUGAGAAAACUGUUCUUGUUAUUCUAGAUGAUAUUUGGCUGACAUUUGACUUGGAAAAAAUGGGAAUUCCGUCUAGUAAGGAACACAAUGGUUGCAAAUUGUUGAUGACUUCUAAAAGUCAAGAUGUGCUGCGGAAAUUGGACGUCCAAAAGGAUUUCACUUUUAGACUUGAACAUCUAAAUGAAGUAGAAACAUGGAGCUUGUUUCAAUCUAUGGCUGGAGAUGUUGUUAAUGAUAUCGGUUUGAAAGGUGUAGCAACUCAAAUUGCCCAAAACUGUGCAGGUUUGCCUCUUCUCAUAGUGACGGUGGCCAGAGGAUUGAAAAGUAAGGAUAUUCAUGUUUGGAAAGAUGCUUUAAUGCAAUUACAAAAUGUUGGUCAUGAAGAUAUGGAUGACAUAGUUUAUUCUGCCUUAGACUUGAGUUACAGAUGGUUGGCGAGUGAUGAAAUUAAGACACUCUUCUUGCUUUCUGCUGUAUUAGGAUAUAAUAAUGUAGACUACUUGCUGAAAGUUGCAAUGGGUUUGGACAUAUUCAAGAAUGUAAUGACAGUGGAUGAUGCAAGAAACAGACUUCAUAGUAUAAUUGAAUCAUUGAAAGCAUCUUGCCUAUUGCUUGAAGGUAGUAGCACAAGUCGGCAAGUCCAAAUGCAUGACCUUGUUCGUGAUGUAGCUAUCUCCAUAGCACGUAGGGAUAAACAUGUUUAUUAUAUGUUGGGAAUGAAUGCUGAGUUGAAGAAUCUUCCCAAGGAUUUUCAAAACACAUGCUCACAGAUCAUCUUAUUAAAAUGUCUUAUCCAUGAGCUUCCACAAAAUUUAGAUUGUCCUAAUGUUAACAUUUUUAUUUUGGACAGUGCAAAUCGUUCUUUAGAAAUCCCAGAUACUAUUUUUGAUGGGAUGGGAAGCCUUACAGUGUUAGAUUUAACACAUUUGAACCUGUCUUCGUUACCCACUUCAUUUCGUUCCCUAACAGGUCUCCAGACAUUGUGUUUGGACCAAUGUGUUUUGGAAAAUAUGGAUAUAAUAGAAGAUUUGAAAAGUUUAAAAAUUCUUAGCCUUUGGAAAUCUUCGAUGAUCAAGUUGCCAAGCAAAAUAAGGGAGAUGGCUCAACUAAGAAUGCUUGAUUUGAGCCAUUCUGGAAUAGAAGUCAUCCCACCCAACAUCAUUUCAAGCUUGACUAAAUUAGAGGAGUUGUAUAUGGGCAAUACCUCCAUUAAAUGGGAAGAUGAGAAUUCAGCCGAGCAAAAAGAAAAUGCUAGCCUUGCUGAGCUUCGACAAUUGGACAACUUGACAACUCUAGAAUUACAAAUUCACGAGUUUUGCAUUUUGCCAGUGGGCUUAACUCCGAUGUUUGAAAAGCUGCAAAGAUAUAAAAUAGCCAUUGGAGAUGUAUGGGAAUGGUCUGACAUUAAGGACGGAACCUUGAAAACACUGAUGCUCAAACUUGGUACCAACAUACAUUUAGAGCACGGGAUAAAAGCAUUAAUUAAAGGGGUUGAAAAAUUGUACUUGGAUGAAGUAGAGGGUAUUGAAAAUGUGUUGUAUCAAAUGAAUGGAGAAGGAUUUCCAUUGUUGAAGCACCUCCACAUCCAAAACAAUAAUCAAAUGAAGCACAUAGUUGAAUCUAUGGAGAGCAACCAAGUCAAUGUUUCUUUUCCCAACUUGGAAACACUACUAAUUGAUAAUCUUCAAAAGUUGGAGCAGAUAUGUUAUGGCCCGCUUGCUGCUAAUUCUUUUGGUAAGCUCAGCGUUAUCAAAGUAAAAAAUUGUGUCCAAUUAAAAUAUCUUCUAUCCUUAUCAAUGGUUAAAGGACUUGUUUAUCUUUCUGAGAUCGAAGUUUGUGGAUGCAACUUGAUGAAAAACAUAUUGAUCGGAGACCACAAUUUAAGUGAGGGUGAAAAAAUAGAGUUUCCUUUCUUGUGUUCUUUAACGUUACAACAUUUGAAAAGACUUGAUAACUUUCUCUCUUGUGAGCUGACAUCUUCAAAAGCUGAGCAAAAGUAUCAAGGGUCCCAGUCUUGUGUUUCUACACCAUUUUUUAAUGUUGAGGUUGCUUUCCCUAAUUUGGAAACCCUUAAAUUGAGCUCACUCAGUUUGAAUAAAAUUUGGGACAAUCAACAUUCUAUGGACAAAUUGACAGUCUUGGUUGUGGAGAACUGUGAUGGGCUAAAGUCCUUAUUCUCUUCUACAAUGGUUGGUAGUUUUGAAAACCUCAAAAGACUUGAAAUUAGUAAAUGUAAUUUGAUGAAUGAGAUAAUAGCUACAGAAAAGAGAAACGAUGUCACUAUUGCAUUGAAAGAGGUUUCAUUUCCCAAAUUGGAGUCAAUCAUACUGAAGGACAUGGAAAACUUAAAGACAGUAUGGCAUUACCAAUUUCAAACAUCGAAGGUUUUGCAAGUCCAAAAUUGUGAGAAAAUUGUGACUGUUUUUCCUUCCUCAAUGCAGAAGACUUAUAAUAAUCUAGAGCAGUUAUUGGUAGAGAAUUGUGCUUUAGUGGAGGAGAUAUUUGAAUUGACUUCUAUUGAAAAUAGCAGCACUGAAGUUAUAAUACCAAUGAAAGUAAUUAUUUUAGGUGGAUUGCCGAAGCUGAAAAAUAUAUGGAGUAUGGAUCCUCAAGGAAUUCUUAGUUUUCAUAGUCUACAAAGUUUUUGUCUAUAUCAAUGUGAAAGCAUGGAGUAUCUAUUUCCACUUUCUGUAGCCACUAGCUGCCUAGAUCUCAAAGAACUUGUGAUAAGAUAUUGUGGGAAUAUGAAGGAAAUUGUUUCAGAAAAGAGACAAUCUACGUGCACAAGUCCAAUAUUUGAGUUUAAUCAACUAACAAUUAUACAGCUUGGGAAUUUAUAUUCACUCAAAGCUUUCUAUGCCGGAAACCAUACUCUAAGAUGUCCAUCUUUGAGAACAAUAGAUGUUACAAAAUGUAAAAAAUUGAAUUUGUACAAUUCUGGAACUUUGCCUACAAGCAGUCUCAAAAGGUGCAAAGAUGAGAAUCUCCCAGAUUCAUUCCAACAACCACUUUUCAUUAUUGAAGAGGUGGUUCCAAAUUUGAAGAAGAUGAAAAUAAACCAAAGGGAUGCUAAGAUGUUAUCGCAAGCUCAAAAUUUAGGUUCCCUCUUCCACAAUUUGACAUUUCUUGGUUUGUCUGAUUAUCUGAAUGAAGAAGCUACAUUUCCUUACUUGUUUCUCGAAAAUGCACCUGCUCUUGAAGAUCUAGUUGUUGGAUGGAGUUCCUUCAAGACGAUAUUUGAUGAUGAAAUACUAGUGAGUAUGAAACUUUACCCCCGGCUCAAAAUGUUGAAUCUGUAUCAAUUAUCUAAAAUUCAACAUCUAUGUGAAGAACAUUCUCAAAUUCACCCUAUUCUUGAGGGUCUUGAAGAGUUGGUUAUUUGUUACUGUCCUAGUUUGACAAAUGUGCUACCUUCCUCUGUCACCUUUAGUCACCUGACAUAUUUGGAGAUAGUAAAAUGCAAUAAUUUGGUUAACGUAAUUACAUCCACUACUGCGCAAAGUUUGGUAAAGCUCACAGUAAUGAAGGUAAGAGAUUGCGAUUCACUAGAAGAAAUAAUUACGGGAAGGGAAAAUGUUGAUAUUGCAUUUGUUAGUCUUCAAAUACUAAUAAUGAAAUGUUUGCCAAGCCUCAACAAGUUUUGUUCUAGCAAGUGUUUUUUGAAGUUUCCAUUGUUGGAGAAAGUAAUUGUGAGCCUAUGUCCUCGCCUGGAUAUUUUCUCUGAGGGAAACACAAGUACACCAUAUCUUCGAAAAGUGAUAAUUGAAGAAAAUGAUGGAGAAUGGAUUUGGAAGGGGAACUUAAAUGAUACAAUAAAGGAAAUGUUUGACGAUAAGGUUGCAUUUUCUAAGAUUAAAUAUUUAGCCUUAUCUGAUUACCCUGAGCUAAAGGAGUAUUGGUAUGGCCGACCUCAUCAGAAUAUGUUUCACAAUUUGAAAUCUCUAGUGGUUCAAAGAUGUGAUUUUUUAUCACAUGUACUUCUCCCAUCAAAUGUACUACAAGUGCUACAUGGAUUGGAAAACCUAGAAGUAAAAGAUUGUGAUUCAUUAGAAGCAUUGUUUGAUGUGAAAGGUUUGAAGUCUAAACAGAGUACUCUAUUGAAAAAUCUAACUUUGUCUAGCUUACCAAAUUUGAAGCAUAUAUGGAACGCAGAUCCAUAUGAAAUUAUCAGUUUUGGAAACUUAUGCAGAGUAAAUAUUUCAAAGUGUCAAAGCUUGUUAUAUAUCCUCCCAUUGUCACUCUGCCAAGAUCUUGGACAUCUUGAAGUGCUUAUGAUAGAGUAUUGCGAAGUCAAGCAAAUUGUUGCAUUGGAAGAGACAUCAGCACAAAAUAUUAUCACUUUUGAUCAAUUGACAAAGUUGCAGCUAUAUCAUUUGAAAAAUCUCAUAAGUUUCUAUCCAGGAAAGCUUACAUUGGAAUGCCCUUCAUUAAAGAUUUUGGACGUCUCUCAUUGCGAAGCAUUAAACAUGUUUUCGGUCAAUCUUUUUGAUAUCCAACAGCAUGAGAAUGAUAUUCAUGAUGAUAUACGGAUUGGCCAAGGCCUAUUUUCUAUCGAAAAGUUGAGCCUCAGCUUGGAGAAAUUGGCAAUAAACGGCUCAAAGGAUGCCUUGAGACUAUUGAAUUGUUAUAGUCAGAAAAACAUCUUCUCUGAAAAACUGAAACUUCUUAGUCUGCAUUGCUUUGAUGAAACUCCGAUUUCUUUGCUGAAUAACUUCCAUGCAAUAUUUCCCAAUCUUGCAACACUUAGAGUGCAUAAUAGUGCUUUUGAAAGAUUGUUUCCCACUACUAAUGAUCAUCUCCGUAAGGGGAUUACACUAAAAAUAAAAUUUUUGGGGCUUUAUAAUUUGGAAAAACUGGAGUAUAUUUGGCAGGAAAACUUCUCUUUGGAAUAUUCUCUAAUACCGGACCUUGAAACUUUAGUCGCAAUAGAUUGUCCUAGUUUGAUUAGGUUGGUACCGUCAUCAACAUCUUUCACAAAUUUAACCGCUUUGAUAGUGAACAAUUGCAAAGAGCUGGUGUACUUGAUAUCACCUUCAACUGCUACAAGUCUUAUGCAACUCAAGAUACUACAAAUAGAGAAUUGUGAAAAGUUAUUGGAUGUGAUAAUGAUUGACGAAGGAGAAGUAGAUGAAAACAUCAUAUUUGAGAACUUGGAACAAUUGAAACUUACUUCUUUGUCAAGUCUUAGAAGCUUCUGCUAUGGGAAACACAAAUUUGUCUUCCCAUCUUUCAUUAGUUUCAUUGUUGAGGGAUGCCCUCAAAUGGAGAUUUUCUCACCAGAAGUCACGAUAGCUCCAUACUUGACAUCAGUUGAAGUGGAAAAUAAAACUAUGUACUGGAAAGGUGAUCUUAAUACAACUAUUGAAUGGUUGUUUAUGGAGAAGGUUGCUUUCCCUAAUUUGGAAACCCUUAAAUUGAGCUCACUCAAUUUGAAUAAAAUUUGGGACAAUCAACAUUCUAUGGACAAAUUGACAGUCUUGGUUGUGGAGAACUGUGAUGGGCUAAAGUCCUUAUUCUCUUCUACAAUGGUUGGUAGUUUUGAAAACCUCAAAAGACUUGAAAUUAGUAAAUGUAAUUUGAUGAAUGAGAUAAUAGCUACAGAAAAGAGAAACGAUGUCACUAUUGCAUUGAAAGAGGUUUCAUUUCCCAAAUUGGAGUCAAUCAUACUGAAGGACAUGGAAAACUUAAAGACAGUAUGGCAUUACCAAUUUCAAACAUCGAAGGUGUUGCAAGUCCAAAAUUGUGAGAAAAUUGUGACUGUUUUUCCUUCCUCUAUGCAGAAGACUUAUAAUAAUCUAGAGAGGUUAUUGGUAGAGAAUUGUGCUUUAGUGGAGGAGAUAUUUGAAUUGACUUCUAUUGAAAAUAGCAGCACAGAAGUUACAACACUAAUGAAAGUAAUUACUUUAGAUGGAUUGCCGAAGCUGAAAAAUAUAUGGAGUAUGGAUCCUCAAGGAAUUCUUAGUUUUCAUAAUCUACAAGAUUUUUGUCUAAAUAAGUGUGGAAGCAUGGAGUAUCUAUUUCCACUUUCUAUAGCCACUAGCUGCCCACAUCUCGAAAAACUUCAUAUAAGAAAAUGUUGGAAGAUGAAGGAAAUUGUUUCUGAGGAGAGACAAUCUACGUACUCAAAUCCGAUAUUUGAGUUUAAUCAACUCACUAGUAUACAGCUUUGGAACUUACCAUCACUCAAGGGUUUCUAUGCAGGAAACCAUACUCUAGCAUGUCCAUCUUUGAGAACAAUAAUUGUUUUAAGCUGUGAAAAAUUGAAUUUGUACAAAACUGGAACUUUACCUACAAGCAGCCUCAAAAGGUGUAAAGAUGAGAAGCUCCCAGAUUCAUUCCUACAACCACUUUUCAUUAUUGAGGAGGUGGUUCCAGAUUUGAAGAACAUGAGAAUAAGCCAAAGGGAUGCUAAGAUGUUAUUGCAAGCUCAAAGUUUAGGUUUCCUCUUCCCCAAUUUGACAUUUCUUGGUUUGUCUGACUAUAUGGAUGAAGAGGCUACAUUUCCUUACUGGUUUCUCCAAAAUGCACCUGCUCUUGAAAGUCUAGUUGUUGAAUGGAGUUCUUUCAAGAAGAUAUUUGAAGAUGAAAUACCAGUGAGUAUGGAACUUCACACCCGGCUCAAAGAGUUGAGACUAUAUCAUUUAUCUAAACUUCAACAUAUAUGUGAUGAACGUUCUCAAAUUCAUCAAGUUCUUGAAGGUCUUGAACAGUUGGUUAUGUUUGUUUGUCCUAGUUUGACAAAUGUGCUGCCUUCCUUUGUCACCUUUAGUCACCUGACAUAUUUGGAGAUAAUAAAAUGCAAUAGACUGGUAAACGUAAUUACAUCUGCUACUGCACAAAGUUUGGUAAAGCUCACCGUUUUGAAGGUAAGAGAUUGUGAUUCACUGGAAGAAAUAAUAACGGGAAAAGAAAAUGUUGAUAUUGCAUUUGCUAGUCUUGAAAUAUUGAUACUGAAAUGUUUGCCAAGCCUCAACAAAUUUUGUUCUAGCAAGUGUUGUUUGAAGUUUCCAUUGUUGGAGAAAGUAAUUGUGUGCCAAUGUCCUCGCAUGAAGAUUUUCUCAGAGGGAAACACAAGUACACCAUAUCUUCGAAAAGUGAUAAUUGAAGAAAAUGAUGGAGAAUGGAUUUGGAAGGGGAACUUAAAUGAUACAAUAAAGGAAAUGUUUGACGAUAAGAGUGCAGCUUUGGUUGAAUGGCUAAUUCAAUUUGAAAAUUUGUGACCAAAGAAAUGUAAAUGGUAGAAUUUCAAGCUUGCAAGUGUUCAUGUUCAUCAACUGGAAACAUAUUUUCAUUUCGCACAAAUAUCUACCUCUCAUUUGUCAUCUGUAUAGAACUCUGAGUCGAAGACCGCAUCAUGGAUCAUGCUAAUACUGUUUUGUGCAUGGUUUCCUUGCUCUAUUAUCUCAAGAAACUGCGUUUGUUUAUCUGCAUUGUUGUGUAAAACAUGAAAUGUUGGUUAUUUUUUAACAUCUAUUUAAUGUCUAAUUAAAAUAGAUAGCAAUUAUUGUGCAGUUCAUAUUGUUGUUGUUGUUGUUGGCUUUUUUAUUACAUUUGUAACAAACUGUGGUGUAUCUGUUUGAUAAAAUACCUGUACAAAUUUUAAGAUUAAGAGUAAAGAGCAUUAUGAACUUUAAUUAAGGAGUAAAUAGUGUGUAUGUAUAUCAUAUUUUUUGUAUAUAAUAUUGUGGCUACACAUAAGUGGAAGAUAGUUACUGCAGACCCUCUUUAAAUAUUUCUCGCUUAUUUGAUCUGAUUUCCAGCUUCGCCACCCUCCCACCUAUCUCUUCCAUCUUCACCCCAUCCAGAAGGAGUUUCACCCAGAAGCUCCGCCCAACCUAUACAAGGUGCUGCUCGCUUUCUCUCAGCCACCAGUGGCUUAUGUAGUGGCAUUCCUACGUGCUCCUCUUUGCCCCCAAGUUUUGACUUCUUAAGUCCUUGAAAACUUCAUCCAAGUUUGUUUGGAUCAAAUUAUGA